AUGCAGUCUUCUCCACAAUGCGUCGCAUGGCCGAACGCAGAUCCUGCGUUGACACAGGAACUCUUAGACUUGCUGCAACAAGCCAUGCAUUACAAUCAGGUCAAGAAGGUCACGAAGUCCCUGACUCGAGGCAAGCCUGAGACGGUCAUUCUCGCUGCCGACACUGUUCCUCUCGCGAUACUGAUGCAUCUCCCAUUGGUUUGCGAAGACAAGAACGUCCCAUACGUGUUUUUGCCUAACAAACACGCUAUUGGCCGAGCAUGCGGUGUGACCCGGCCGAUUAUCGCGGCCAGUGUCAACUCGAACGAUGCUAGUGACCUGGCUCCACUGAUUGAGCGGAUUCGGGACAAGGUGGACCGGCUUGCAAUGUAA